AUGCAGAAGCAAAGGAACUCUUUCCAAUUGCAAACUCCAUCCACCAUCAUGGACGCCAACAAUGCUGCCGACUAUUCACCAAUCAGUUCUCCGCCUUCCCCCAAGCCGAAUAACUACCGCAAAGUCUCAAUCCUCCCACUUGUGUUCCUCAUUUUCUAUGAAGUCUCUGGUGGACCCUUUGGAGUCGAAGACAGUGUCAAUGCUGCCGGACCACUCUUAGCUAUCCUCGGCUUUCUCGUCUUCCCAUUGGUAUGGAGCAUCCCGGAGGCCCUAAUAACAGCAGAGCUCAGCACAAUGUUCCCUGAGAAUGGUGGCUACGUGGUCUGGGUCUCCUCAGCUCUCGGCCCUUUCUGGGGUUUUCAACAAGGCUGGAUGAAAUGGCUGAGUGGUGUAAUCGACAAUGCACUAUACCCUGUCCUGUUUCUCGACUACCUGAAACCUGCAAUCCCAGCGCUAGAAGACGGCUUCAUAAGAAUGGUGGCGGUUCUUGUAUUAACGGUUAUGCUUACACUCUUGAACUAUAGGGGACUAACCAUAGUAGGAUGGGCAGCUAUAUUGCUGGGAGUGAUCUCACUUCUCCCAUUCCUCCUCAUGGGAGUGAUUGCAUUUCCUAAGCUCGAGCCUUCGAGGUGGCUGGUGGUCGACUUCGGCAAAGUUAACUGGACAUUAUACUUGAACACUCUCUUCUGGAACCUCAACUACUGGGACUCGAUUAGUACUCUAGCAGGAGAAGUCGAGAACCCUGGUAAAACCCUACCCAAGUCGCUCUUCUAUGCACUUAUCCUAACCAUUUUCAGCUACUUGAUCCCGUUAUUAGUGGGAACUGGUGCACUACCCGUUGAUCAAGAUCGCUGGACCGAUGGUUACUUCUCGGAGAUAGCCAAGGUUCUGGGGGGCGUGUGGCUAAUGUACUGGGUUCAAGCAGCUUCUGCAGUAUCGAACAUGGGGAUGUUCAUGGCCGAAAUGAGCAGCGACUCAUUCCAGCUCCUGGGUAUGGCGGAAAGAGGAAUGCUUCCCGAGUUCUUCAGCAAGAGGUCUAGAUACGGGACCCCUUCGAUCGGGAUACUGUUCUCUGCAUCAGGGGUUGUGCUGCUCUCAUGGAUGAGCUUUCAGGAGAUUGUGGCAGCAGAGAACUUCUUGUACUGUUUUGGGAUGAUCAUGGAGUUUGUUGCGUUCAUUAAGCUGAGGAUUGAUUACCCGGGAGCAAUGAGGCCUUUCAAGAUCCCUCUCGGGACUGGUGGAGCUGUUGUGAUGUGUAUUCUUCCAGGCCUAUUGCUGGUGGUGGUUAUGGUGAUUGCUCCUUUGAAAGUUAUGGCAAUUAGCGCGGCGGCUAUUGUUGUUGGGCUCGGUAUGCAUCCUUGUUUGCAGUAUGCUGAGAGGAAUCACUGGCUGAAGUUCUCCAAGAGUUCUGAACUUGUAGACAUCCAUUCUUCCUUGACUUCUGUUUAG